AUGUUCCAGGACAUUAGCUUCAAACAAACCUUGGACAACACCAGCAUCAAUACCCCCGUACCUUUGAGCAGCAUCGCCCGCGGGGCUGGGCCUUCGCACUUCCCUCCUUCCCUCCCCGGAAAACACCAAGAAACUCCCGCCUCCCCGCGGAAGGCGGGAGAAGCGCGGGCUUGCCCCGCGCCCCUCCCCCCGGAGGGGCCCAACCGACCUCUCCGCAGGCCAGCGCGGUGCACCCCUCACCCUGAGAGUGACCCCCCACACCCACACCGCCAGCCCGACGGGUGGGUCAUCCUCUCCCCCACCUGCAAGCAGGGUGAGGGGCAUCUACCGCCAACCGACGUGGAGGUGGGGCGCAGGGACACUCCCCCUCCCGCCGCCAUCACCUCAGGAACGACAACGAGCCUUUUCCCAGAAAGGCGAAGGCCUCCCAACCCUUCAACCGGGGUGGGCGGUCAUGUACUGACCCCAGGAGAAGCAACAGGCGCCCCCAUCCCCCUCCCAGCCGGGAACGCUGACCCCCUCAACCCUCCAGCUCUUCACCUCCGGAAGCGGGGCCGAAACCUGUGCGAGCGACUGCGCCUCACUCCGCCCCCUGCGCCAUUUUAUCGCCCCCUCCCCGACCUCCCCCACCCCUACCAGCCGGCCCAGCGCAAGGGGGAGGGCAAACAGGCAGUGAUUGGCAGGAAACCGUCCCGCCCCUCAGGGGGGUGUGCCCCGCGCAGCCGCGGCGGCCCCGCCCCCGUACCGCCUAUCCACCCUACUGGCUCCGCCCCUUUUCGUCUCAUCGACCUGCUCGACUCUCAGCUGCUCCUGACUCUUCCCUGGCCGCUCUCAGGUGAAGGGUCCAGGCUGAGCAAGCCGAGCGACGAGCUCAGCUGA